UAUCAGCCGCUGAAUCCCUCGGCAGACACAAUUCGAGUGUUGUAUUUUGAGAACUUCAAGAAGCACAGUGAACCGAUACGCUGCCGACUUGUUCAUGUUGAGUUCGGCCAACGCCCCAAAUACAAUGCCCUGUCAUACACAUGGGGUGACGAAUCCACGAAGUAUGACAUCUACGUUGACGGCCAAAAGGUCCAAGUCGGGUUCAACCUCUUCGACGCUCUCAAAAGUUUGCGACGGCGUAAGGGGGGUAUUCCUAUCUGGGCCGACGCGAUAUGUAUCAAUCAACAGGACAUCCCGGAGCGCAAUCGGCAGAUCCGCAUCAUGGCACAUAUAUAUGCCAGGGCGGUUAAGGUACUGGUGUUCCUUGGAAUUCAAUCGCCAUCGCUCGAUAUGGACGAAGAAGAACGGUAUAGAUUACUUUCUCAUCAUCCUUAUUGGGAGCGUGUAUGGAUUGUACAAGAGAUCUUCAAAGCACGAAACAUCGAAGUAUGCUUUGAUUCGGAAAGGUUACGUUGGAAAGACUUCAUUACCAAUUUGGAUGAACUUGUUAGCCGCACAAACAAGCCGCAUAAGUUUGACCGCCACCUUCGAUUGAAGUACGAACACAAUCAAACUCUCUUAUUUCUCUUGAAGGCAUAUAGAAGCUCGAAAUGCAAAGACCCUCGAGACAAGAUAUAUGGUUUUGUUGGACUCGCCAGCGACUGUCACAGGUUUCCCAUAGAUUACUCUAAAACCACCUACGAGGUUUGGAAGGAUACUGUGACGUUCAUAAGCCGGCAACCCCGAUACGAUGCAUGGAAUAUGGCAAGAAUUGGCUCAUUAAUCAAGCGUUUACUU